AUGUUGAGUAGAUUAGCUGAUUCGCAAGAUUUUGCCACUUUUAGUAUGGUAAACUUUUUUAAGUAUUUGCAUUUUCGAACAUGUUUGCAGGAAAGUUUGAUGGAACCAGUUGUGUUAUGGGUGAAAGCAGGAUCAGAUGGUAUACGCUUAGGUGGUGAUCCGUUAUGUCAUCAAAUUUUUAUGAUACUAAUCGAGAAAAGCCUUCAUCCCGGUUCUGAUCUCAUGCAAGUUGGUCUAAGGCAUGCCCCGGCGUUGCAACACGGUGAUGACUUAAUCUUAUCUCAUCAGGAUGAAAUUAUUGAUUACAUCGAUCGGGAGUUCCCAAUACCAUCAUUGAAAUGCGAAUGUUCCGCUGCUUCUGAUGCUACUGCAAAUCUUUUCCGUUCCUUCGCAUUUUUCAUCAAGGAAGUUAAUACCGAUCCAAAAGCCCUGAAUAUGGAAUUGAUACGACUGGAUCGGUAUUUUGAUACUAUAAGCACACGAUUUCUGGCAGCUGAUCAUUUAACUCAUUUGGAUUGUUAUAUUUUACCCAAAUUACAUACCAUUCGAAUUGCCUUAGGUGCAUUGAAAGAAUACGAAAUACCGACCAAUUUACAGAAUUUAUGGGGUUACAUGAAACGUGGUUAUGCUAUGGAAUCGUUUCGGAAAAGUUGCCCAAGUGAUCAGGAAAUAAUACUGUAUUGGGCAGAACGACCAGAUACGCCAAAUCUAACAUCACAGAAACGAUCCCAAUUAUAUCGCCAGAAAACUACUUACAGCUGGGAUACUCCGAUGGAUACUCAAAACGGUAAAAUUAAAGAGAACGGUAGGUUGCUCAGAUUAAAGAAAUUUGGCAUGUGGACUAUGUUUACUUGA